UAAAAGGGAAGGAGCCGGCGGCGGGCGGAAGUGGGCGGUUCAGCUGCGGCGGGCGCUGUUGUUUGGCGUUUGGGCCUCCCGAGGGGCGUUCUCUGGAGGGCCGCCGGUGCAGGCCGCAGUGACAGGGCCGCUCGCACCCGCGCACCCCGCCUCUUUCCCGGUGCAGCGUCUGCUCGCGGCCUCCGCGACCUGCAGGCCCAACAUGGCGCAGGAGGUGUCGGAGUACCUGAGCCAGAACCCGCGGGUGGCCGCCUGGGUGGAGGCGCUGCGCUGCGACGGCGAGACUGACAAACACUGGCGCCACCGCCGGGAGUUUCUGCUCCGCAACGCCGGGGACCUGGCCCCGACUGGCGGCGCUGCCGCCACUAGCACGGAGGAAGCUGCCGACGCCGAGAGCGGGACCCGCAAUCGGCAGCUGCAGCAGCUCAUCUCCUUCUCCAUGGCCUGGGCGAACCACGUCUUCCUCGGGUGCCGGUACCCACAAAAAGUUAUGGAUAAAAUACUUAGUAUGGCUGAAGGCAUCAAAGUGACAGAUGCUCCAAUCCAUACAACAAGAGACGAACUGGUUGCCAAGGUGAAGAAAAGAGGGAUAUCGAGUAGCAAUGAAGGGGUAGAAGAGCCAGCGAAAAAAAGAAUCUUAGAAGGAAAAAACAAUUCUGCAGUUGAGCAAGAUCACGGAAAAAUUUCUGCCAAAACAGAACGUGCGUCAGCUCCGCAGGAAAACAGCUCAGCAUGUACGGGGGCAUCUUCGAAAUCAGAGAGUAGUGGGAACUCCACUCGAAGCUCUGGCACCUCGAGUCAGAAUAGCUCUACAGGUGAUGGAGAUCGGUCCCUUUCCAGCCAAAGUCGCAGCAGCAUUUCCUCUCAGGUAACAGCGGCAGGGUCUGGAAAAGCUCCUGAAUCAGAAGCUCUAGAGAAACAUGGUUCGGCAUCGAUUGUUUCUUCGUUGUUGAAAUCCAGCGUGAAUAGUCAUGUGACCCAGUCUACUGAUUCCAGACAACACAGUGGAUCACCUAAUAAGAGUGCUUUGGAAGGCUCUUCAGUCUCAGCUUCUCAAAGCCUCUCAGAGAUUGAGGUGCCUUUGUUGGGCUCCUCCGGAAGCUCAGAAGGAGAGUUGCCACUGUUGUCUUCUAAACCUAGUUCAGAGACGGCUGCGGGUGGGUUAACUUCCAAAACUAGCUCAGAGGCGAGUGUUUCAGCAUCUGUUUCUAAAAAUAGUUCCUCACCAGGCACGUCCUUACUAACUCCCAGGAGCAGCACGUCGACAAGCACAUCGAUGCUGACUUCCCAGAGCACUUCGCAGGUGGCUGCGUCGCUGUUAGCUUCCAAGGGCAGCUCCCAAACCAGUGGAUCUCUGGUUCCUAAGAGCACUUCCUUAGCAGGUGUGUCCCAGCUGGCUUCUAAGAGUAGUUCUCAGACUAGCACAUCACAGUUGCCUUCUAAAAGUACAUCACAGUCAAGUGAGAGUUCUGUCAAAUUUUCUUGUUGCAAGUUAACCAAUGAAGAUGUGAAACAGAAGCAACCUUUUUUCAACAGACUGUAUAAGACGGUGGCCUGGAAGUUGGUAGCUGUUGGCGGCUUUAGUCCCAACGUGAAUCAUGGCGAGCUCCUAAACGCAGCUGUUGAAGCUCUGAAGGCAACACUGGAUGUGUUUUUUGUUCCACUAAAAGAACUAGCAGAUCUGCCUCAAAAUAAAAGCUCUCAAGAAAGUAUUGUGUGUGAAUUGAGAUGCAAGUCUGUGUAUUUGGGCACUGGCUGUGGAAAAAGCAAAGAAAAUGCAAAAGCUGUUGCAUCAAGAGAAGCACUGAAGUUAUUUCUGAAGAAGAAGGUGGUGGUAAAGAUAUGUAAGAGGAAGUACAGAGGCAGCGAGAUAGAAGAUCUGGUGCUCCUUGAUGAAGAGUCGAGGCCUGUAAACUUACCGCCAGCGUUAAAACAUCCUCAAGAAUUAUUAUAAUAAUAUGUCCGAAAUACCACUGCGUAUGGUGUCUGGUAUUUGAGGAGAAAAACUGGCUUACUUUUGUAUAAUAUAAAACACAGGCUUUCACAAAUUUUGUAUUGCUUUUUUCCAGUUUUGCAGAAAAUUUACAUUCUAGUUCUCUUCACACAGUAGAAGUUGUAAAUAAUUUAUGAAUGACAGUACAUAUUAAAAAGGAUGCACUAACAGCAUACCAGUAUGCUGUUUUAUCUGCUGAAGAAAAUACUGUCUUCUAUUUUUAAUGAUUCAUUAGGUACGAUGUGUAGUUCUGUAGAAUCUUAAAACUUUUGUACUACUUUCAACUUGGUGAAAAUGUAUUGUCUACCAUGCUUUUUUUUUUUUCCCUAGCUGAAUAAACCUCCACGUCAAAGAAAAGGGGACCAUAGUAUUUGAAUGUCUGAAAGUCUGUGAAGCUUAAGGUUUUAAGAAUGUUGCCCAUAAUGUUGAACAUGUCUGUUAAGGGAUAAAAGAAAAAAUAGUUGCCUCAGACUAUUUUUAUGAGAAGGUGUAAGCAUUUUUUAGAUAUAAAGCAGUAGAAAGUACUUAAGGUUAUUUUAUUCUGAAGUCGUUUAAAAUUCACCGUGAUUUUGACCGCUGCAGAAUCUUUAAAUGGGUUAAUUUAUGUUUGAGGUAAAAUACAAUUUACACUUUUUCUUAAAGACAUAAAUGUGGGUUUCUAUAUUAAGCAUAUUUUGUGACUACUAUUAACAGAUUGAUUUGUUUAGAUAUUAAAUGCUUUAAGCUAUUUUACCUUUCCAAGAAGUCGUGUUUUUUUUUUUCCCCUGUAAGUCAGAACCAGUUCCUGGAAAUGGGCUUCCCACUACUAGUCAUAACUUACAAUCAGGUCAUUUUUCAUAACUGAUAUACAACUUUGUAUGGAUAGCGGAGUUGCAGUUCGCAGAUCUAGAGCCAGACAGGGUUUAUUUACAAAGCUGGACGAGCGCUGGGGACACGGAGAGCCGUGUGCAGCUCAAAUGAGCUUUUCAGUUGAAUUACAUUUGUUAGUAAUGAAACGGAAUCCUAUGUCUAUUAGGUGAUUCUGACUGUUACUCUGUUGUAUAUUGUUUCAUUUUUCUUCAAACUCUGGCCCAAAAUGUUAUCUUUAUGGCUUCUGUCUAGCUGCUGCACAUUGAGCAGUGUUGGCAAUAAUGUAUAGAGAAAAAUCAAGACGUGACCUUUGAUAUGCUGGUUGUAUCACGGUAGGAGAAUUGAAUAUAAGUAGCACAAUUUUAAGUAUGCAGAAGUUAUUCCUAUUUUACAUUCUAGAAAUAGACAAGGAUACUUACAUACUUAAAAUGACUGGCUUUCAUUUUACGAGAUAAUCUGCAAUGAUUCAGUUUUGAGGAUGUUAAAUUAGAUACCAAAGUCCAUAUUCUGUAAAUGGGUUGCCUUUAUACGUUGUGAGAAGCAAUAACAUGAAUGUUAUGAAAACACUUCUAAUUACUUUCCCCAGUCUUGGAAUGUGUAUUUUGUGGGACAGUGAUUGCUGGAAGAGUGAGCCAAAUACUACAAAGGAUAAAUAAAUUUCUGUAAUGUGUCUAA